AUGGAAAAUACCACUGGAGAGUUCAUGUUUGUGCUUCAUGGAUUGAAUGACACAAAGACAAACAAACACAUUUACUUUGCAGUUGGUCUUGUUGUGUAUAUAGUAACUCUGCUUGUAAAUUUGACACUAAUUAUUACUGUCAUUCUUGACAAGACACUUCAUGAACCAAUGUAUUUGUUCAUAUGCAAUUUGUAUAUAAAUGGAAUAGGUGGUGCUUCUGCUUUCUAUCCAAAGAUCCUUGCUGAUCUUUUUUCAGACACUCAUGUUAUUUCAUAUACUGGGUGCCUAACACAAAUGUUUGUAAUUUACUGGUAUGUUUUCUGUGAAUUUACAACUCUAACAUUCAUGGCAUAUGACAGAUAUUCCGCUAUUUGUAAACCGUUGGAAUAUCACUACAUUAUGACACACCAAAUGGUGGUGAAACUGUUGAUUUGUACCUGGCUUUUUUCCUUACUGGAAACAUCUGUUGGGGCUUCACUAACAAGCCAACUUACCUUAUGUGGUCAUGACAUUGACAAAAUUUACUGUUUUAACUGGGAUGUUGUAAAGCUAUCCUGCUCAGAUGUCACAGCGACAAGCAUUUAUGGAUACAUAAUAUUGUUUUCCCAUACUUCUCAAGCUGUGUUCAUCAUUAUUUCAUACAUUCACAUCAUCAAAGCAUCUUUGAAGUCCAAGACUGAGCAAGUCAAAUUCAUGCAGACAUGCCUGCCUCAUUUAAUAACCCUUUUUAACUUUAAUAUUUCCCUGUUGCUUGACAUUUUGUGUGCUCGCUAUGGCACUGGUCAGGGACUUCAAGUUCUGCGCAAUAUUUUAGGUGUAGAGUUUCUUGUGAUGCCUCCUCUCAUAAACCCCAUCAUAUAUGGGAUCAGAAUGACACAAAUUCGCAGUCGACUCAUGCAAAUGUACAGUCAUACAUUUAAUGCCCUUCGAUCAGUAGUAUGGCAGGGGUAA